AUGAAUCUGAUUAAUUUCCUGAACCACCAGCAGUUGACUUUGGGCAUUGAGUCCUUACUCCUUUCGACAAGAGCGCUUACUUCUAUGACACCAUCGCCGGUGCCGGCUGCUUCUCCGCACCAUGCCCUGGAUAUGCCAUUUAACAUUUAUAAAGAAGUCCUCUUGAUAUUCCCAGGGCAAUUUCAAAGUGAUUUUUCCAAGCAAGCAACUUUUUUCUACUCUGAUCUGCAGGCAGGAUGUGGUAUUAUCAGUAGAUUCUUUGUUAUUUUUGGAUUGCCUAGCCCUCUCGAGUUUUCGGUGAUCACGAAACCUUUGCUCGCCGAUGGCAUUGCCAGCUCUCACCGGAUGUCCUUGGUCUUCAAUCAGCAAGGAUUGAAGCAACUAAAGGAGGAGGAGGAAGAGGCAUUAUUUGUACUGCAAAAGUUUGUGAACCAUGGCGGCGGCGUCUUCAAAGUCUAUGUUGUUGGGAACUACGUGCAAUGUGUCAAACGGAGGUCUUUACCAAACAACCUCAUGGAUGACGAUGACGACAAACCAUUGGGAAGAUUAGAGGCCUCCCACCGCAAUCUGUUGACCUAUUCCCAAGUUUCAAAUCUUACCGCCGCCGCCGCAUCUUUUUCUUCGUCUUCUAAGAACAAUGAUGAGCAGCAGCAGGAGGAUGUGAAAGAGGAGGAGGCAACCGCACAAAUGUCUCCGGUGAGUUUCCUUACCUGCUUGGCCAAGGCCUUGAGGAAUGCCUUGGGCUUGCAUCUCUUCAACUUUGACAUAAUCAGGGACAGUCGAUCUGGGAAUCGGUACCUUGUCAUUGAUAUUAACUACUUUCUCGGUUAUGCUAAGAUGCCCUCCUAUAAGACUGUCAUUGAUAUUCUGGAAGUAACAUAUUCAUAUUGA